AUGUUGGCCCAGCAAUUAUCUGGUGCAAACGCUAUGAUUACCAACCUUAGUACAUUAUUCAAGACAGCUAACGUACCAAUUCCAUCUGGUAUUGCUGCAGCUAUCACAAUGGCCGCUCAGCUUAUCGCUUGCAUUGUUGGUGGUUCUCUUGAUGGCAAAGUUAAGAGAAGAAUUAUGUGGGGAAUCUCUUGCAGCACAUGCUUCGUUUCCCUCUUAAUCUAUGCUUUGAACCAGAAAUUUAAUUGGAAUACUGUUCUCUCAAUUAUUCUUAUUUUCAUUUAUCAAUUUGGUUUUGGUUUGGCUUUGGCUCCAAUGCCAUGGUACACUUCUCCGGAAAUGUUUCCACCACCACUUCGUCCAAUGGAUUCAUCAAUCAACUCCAUGACAUCAUGGGUUGGCUGCUUCGUUGUUAUUUUCAUUUACCCAGCCAUGCAGAAAGGCAUUGGAGAAUUUGGUGCUUUCUUAUUCUUCGCUGCUGAUGCAUUGUUCGCCUUGAUCUUUGGUCUUAUUGUUAUCAAAGAGGCAAUCGCAGACGAAGAAACUACUGAAAACCUCGACUCCGACGAAGAAGAAGAAAAGAAGGAUAGCAGUAGUACAACUCCUGAAAAUAAGGAGAAUAAUCAAAAGGAGCCUGAACAGAAAGAAGAAUCUUCUUCUUCCUCCUCCUCCUCAUCUAAGAACUUAGAUAAUGAAGAUAGUGGUUCUGGUGUUAACGUAUAA